AUGGGUGAUAUCAGUGGCGUUGAGCGCGUGAUUAUAGAAAGGACGUGCAGAGGUAUUUUGAACCACAACUGUAGCUCAGACCAAAAGUGCGAGUCGGGUCUGGGACUUGAAUGCCUACCCCGUCCCACAUCGUCGCCACAAGACUACCCGCCCAAACAGAUCCGGGGAAAUGUAUGCCAGUGUCCGGACGGCAAGUACUUCGACUUCAGUACCGAUAAAUCCGAGUGUGUCGACGGAUCUAGUUAUGACUCUAAGACAGCUAUGGAGAUCUACAAGAUCACCAUGAUAUUCGCCUCGUGCUGCCUGGCCCUAAUCCUGGUCAUAUUCCUUGUGUGCAUAUUACGCAAGUCUUACUGCCCGCCCCGGCAGCGACCGGUGCAGCCACUGGACAACUCGACAAUACCGGACAUAUUCACCCUUUUCCCGCACGUAGGCAACUACGACGGCGGACCCCUGGGCGACGGCACUCUACCUCCCUUUGAGAAGCCGCCCACUUAUGACGAGACAUUGACUUUGAUCCGCAAUGAGAUUGGGAUACCGCCGCCGGCGUACAGGCGUAACCCUAAUUCCAGUUCCAGUGGUAGCUCUUCGGGUGAGUCGACGCCAGAUAUGUCGGCGAGACUUAUGGUGUCGAGGCCUCAGUUGGUGACAGUCAGCGAUCAGACAAACAGUUCAUAUUUGACUACUUCGUCGUCGAGUGAGGCGUCCAUAGCCGGGCCCAGUGGUGAGUGUCGGUCCAGUAGAGGUGGUAGUGCUCAGGGUAUCGAUAACCCGGCCUUUUGUUGA